CAACGGGGAUAUUGACGUUCAUUUCCGAUAUUCUCCGAAUGAAAGCGAAGCUUCCUUCCGGGCACAUGGACUGUUAAAAAGCUACAAAUGGCUUAAUCAGAAUAUAUUUUUGCGUCUUAGAGCUUACAGGACUUCGUCAAUGCAAAUCGAAUAAUGGCCCAGGUUCUGAACGGCGGUCAUACAGCCACUGCCCAGUGUGUGGACGUCCAGGCCACAAAGUCACGGGUAGCGACCGGAGGUGAGAAUGGUGAGUUGUGUCUGUGGUCCCUCUCAUCGGGGGAACUCCUCGACAAAUACGUCAAACCAGACACAGACUGCACCUCCGUUCUGUUCUCAAAGUCAAAACCAAACCUCCUGUAUGCUGCAUUUGGACAGGAAGUUCUGAUAUUUGACACAGAUGCCGACUUUCAGAUUCCCAUUCACACUUUUCAAUGCAACCAAGAGGAGAUAAAUCAGAUUCAGAUGGAUGACAAAGAGGAUUUUUUAGCUGCAUGUGAUGACUCUGGUGAAAUUAAAGUCAUCAAUGUCAAUGAAAGAAAAGUAUUCAAAACCCUGCGUAAUAAGCACACAAACAUUUGCUCAACUCUUCAUUUCCGACCAGGAAAGCCCUGGGACUUGUAUAGUGGAGGAUUGGAUUGUAAACUGAUACACUGGGACUUCGCGAAGUUGAAAGCCCUGAAUCAGUUCAACAUGCAGGAGAUGCAGGUUACGAAUGUGGAUGCUUCAGCAUAUAUGGUGAACCCACCGUUCGUUCACCAUAUCGACACGUCACCAAACGGGAAAUAUCUUGCGUGUGCACUGGAAAAUGGCCAGAUCGAAGUGUUUGAUACGACUCGUAGACACAUUCGAGAGAUCUUCAGUCUCUAUGCUCAUGGUCAAGGGGUUUCUCAGGUGAGCUUCCUCAAUGACGAUGUGUUAGUGUCAGGUGGAAAUGAUUGUCAGAUCUCGCUGUGGGACUUGAACAAAUCAGAACAGUAUCAACCACAGGAACAGCAGUUGGUGACCAACGGCCACGGAGCGGUCACCUUGGACACCAAAAAUGCCACUAUUUCAGAGCUUUGUAAAAUACGAUCUAUCAACCACAGUGCUAAGAUCAACUGGUUGAAACCGUACACAGUCUCGGGGCAGAAUUUUGUUGCUGCUGCAGAUCAGACAUCACGCAUCUCGCUGCUGUCAUUAGUCUAGUGGAACAAACAGGCGACACUGGAUCCCUCAACCAAACAAAGGCCUUUCGCAAGAGUUUGAUUUACGUUUUCUUUUACAAAAGUAUUUGAAGUAUGGUGUUCUCAGAUUGACUUCUUUAAGUAAUGAUCUGAUGAAUAGAAAUAAGAUAAGUGAAACUGUUAAAUCAAGUCCCCAACUAACCAAAUGUAACUUUUUUCAAUGCAUAUAUUGGUUUUAAGAAAUAAUAUCGGCUUUAAUAAAAGACAUGUAAACUAAUAAAUAUAUACACUCAAAA